AUGUCGUCUGACAAUAAUAAGACAACAACGAAAACGACGUCUACCGAUAGAACGAGAUCAAGUUCAGCAGUAUCGAACUGGAAGAAACAAAGGUAUAAACAGUAUCAGCCCCGAUUUCUACAUAACAGCUCAAACGGUAGCAUUCCUUUACCCUCUGCGGAAUGCUUUCAACUUGACUAUAUUUUAAACAACGUACUUCAUAAUGAAUCAGAGCAAGUUAUCAGCGACCUACUAAACGUUAGUACCAACUACCAAAACGAUUUGAGACAAGAAAUCAAACAUAAAUUAUCGACCGAACAGAAAAUUCAGUUUAAAAACAUCAAUAUUUGUCGAGAAACUAAUCAUAUCAAUCUGAUUAUUCAUCAACGCCGAAAGAAGUUGAAAAAGGCAAUAGCAUCAUCGAAUUUUGGCAAUGUAAAUGAUGGGAGCACCCAUGAUGAGGGAGAGGUCAAUCGACUAUUGAAAAAGAGUAUAGAGACAAGCGAUCGCUUAAAGGAUACCAUUUCCAAACUACAGAAGAUAGAGGAGAAGCAUCGCCCAGGUCGUGAGAGUUUAGUAAGCAUCAAGAGAGAAAAGUAUCCCCAUUUGUAUAGCCUACUACGCAAAGAAAGUGAUUCGCGGGAGCAUAUAGGCCCUGUAACUAACGAGUCAGCAAACACUAUUUCUGUCGAGAGUGAUCCUGAUACCAAGAAUGAGCAUGUGCUAGAUAAAGAAUCUCAUAAUGGUGAGGUUCACGGUUCCCAGUUGGAAGUUCCAGAAUCACCAUUCCUAGGCAAAGAGGAAUCAGUGACAAAACCCCACAGUCCCAAGAAAGAUUCGAAGAAACCCGCAUUUCAAGAAGAGGAUGUCAUGGAUCCGUCUGAGUUUGAGCUUUUCAUGUCAACUAGUAUAGGGAAAUACCGGCAGCAACAGAGUAAAAGUCUAAAGACCAUCAAAGCUGAGGAACAAACUUUAGACUCGUCAUUAACAAGCUUCAAGUCUGGGGGAAACCCUUUGAACCUAUUAUAUUCCCAGUUAAUAUCCAACCCUAAAUAUUUAGACCAACAUCAACGUGAACAAAAUGCGUCACGGUAUCCAUUUUCAUCCAUCUUGUCAAUGAAGUCAGCAGCUACAAUUAAAUCAACACAACAAAGUUCCCAUUUCAAAAAAUUGAGAAUCAAUGGGAGUCCGCUCACGUCUGAGCAUUUUCGACGCGAGAGAGAAAAGCUACAGCGUAGCGAACAAUCGGAUGAAGUAUUGACAGCUAAAAUGUUGGAAGAUUUAACCCUUGAUUGCGAUGACGAAGCCACUGAUGAAAAUGAAGAUAUUUGGAACUCCUCCGGUAUGAAUACGGAAGAUGAGGAGAACUUUGAAACUGAAAAUAAUCGUACCGAUCCCUACGUACGACCUAAUUUUGGUGGUGACAUCUCGGAUGAAGUGUCUUCGAUUUCCUCUUCAGAACUUGACUCGUCUGACUCUGACUCCUCAACUGAUAUGAUAAACCUUCAACUUGCUAGUAACUAUUAUACGGAUUUGAAAAAAGACUUGAAACAAAAACGCCGUGCUCAUAGGGCAAAAAAGUCAACGAAAAGAAGGAGAGCGAUAUUGCAAGUUAAAGAAAUGUCGCCUACGCCCAAGCACCAGCCGUCACAUCACAUAUUAAAACCCAAGAGCUCAAUUUUGAAAACAAGAACGACGUCACCCCUCCGACAGCGUUCAACUUUGCAAAAUGAGAAUUUGCAUAAUGCUAAUGAAGUGUAUGACCAGGAAAUAAGUGCCCUUUCUGAGGUAAAUAAUGCUUAUGGAUCAAAGACUGAUAACUAUAUUAGUGCAUUCAAUGCAAAUGGGACUAUUAUCUUAAAGCAUGAGAGGCAUAAAGCAGAUGGUGGGCACGAACAAGUGGAUGACGAAUUCAUUUCGGACGGGGAAGGAAGCCCGCGUUCAAUAUCCAUUUUGAAAAGCUUUGUACAGUAA